AUGUCUGCUGCUACCUGUCCUGUGGAUGAAAUGGGAGCCAAGGCCUCGCUGGUGGACGCUCCCCGCUGUGGCUAUGGCUUUUCGCCGUUUCCUACUCUGGACCGCAUUGAGGCGGCUUAUGAAGGUGGAGGUGAGGCUGCCCAGGAGCUGAUCCAGCAGGCCUGCUGCAUACGCUGCAGUGCGGGAUCCCCCCAGAUCGAACAGGAGUGGAUUGAAUCUUCAAAGAAAACUCUGUUUGAACUCUGCCCUACUACGCAGCGGAACAUCACGCAUAAAGGUGCUCAGAAAGAUAUUAAUAACAUAAAGAGCUGCCUCAAAGUGCUGAAUGAGUGUGGGGACAAAGUUCCCAGAUUUGUCUCCCACCAUUUGGAUGAAUUGGCCACCGGCCAACGCCACGAAGAUCUGCGCGCUGUCACGGAUGAGAAAGAAGACAGGCCAUCUGCUUCUGAUGGGAGGUCUUCCUUCAGGUUGAAGGAGGAGGAACUGGGUGCAUCCAGGUCACUGAUGUUGGCAAAUGAGCCCUCACCAUCGUUCCUUUCACCCUUUCCUAUAACAGGGUGCCCAGCUCUGUCCAAUCAUCUUAAAACCACUGGCAAACUUAGCAAACCUCUGCAGCUCCCGCCUGAGAGCCUCAUUAGAAACAAACAGAGGAACACCAGAGAUGAUGAUUUUAGUGGACAGAGUGUAUCGAGGAGAAGCCUGCAGGAGCGCCUCCUGUCGGUGGCCACACAGCAUGGUGAUCUACAGAGCGUGCGUUACCUCCUCAAAGAGGCUCGUGUCAGUGUUCCCCAGGAACCAUCAAACACCAACGCAGUCAUCCUGGCAUCAUACUAUGGCCGCACUGACCUGGUCCAAGAGCUGCUGGAAUCUGUGCCUGGUCCAUGUCGGAGGACAGAACUGCUGAACUGGACUCUGGCCACAGCCUGCCAGCAGGGACAUCUGGACGUGGUCAAGCUUUUGGUGGACAGGUACGGCGCUGAUGCCAGGGACUGUGCGAUCCAAAGUGAGGAGUUUGCCGUCAUCAUGGGCCUGCCGCUGUACGCAGCUGCUCGAGCAGAUAAUGAUGACAUCGCUCAUUUCUUGUUGGAGAAUGGUGCCGGCUUCUCCUCAUACACGCUGAUGGACCACCCAGCCUUCAGCAAACGUCUCCUCAGACUCAAACUCCAGGAAACUACAGGGGAGGAGACUGUCAGGGUGUGUUGGAGCGGUCUGCAGUUGCCAUGGUUGGAGCUAGACUGGUUCAUGGACUUUUCCUCACGUAUCGUCCACUUGGAUCUGUCACAGAACAGCCUGACUGCACUGCCGUCGGUGCUGCCAUGGGGUCUGAUCCACCUGCAGUCUGUAGAUCUUUCAAACAACCUCCUCAGAGAGCUGCCAGCUGCCCAUAGCUCCCAGGAGGUCAUUUGUUCCAGGUUACAGCAAAUAAAUCUCUCUCAGAACCAGCUGACCAGUUUGCCUUCUGGACUUCUCCACCUGACACACCUCAAGAGACUUUCUGCUACGAAAAACCAGUUAACGUCACUUUUUAACAUCCCUGCCUCGACUAACUGGAUUGGUCUUCGUAAACUGGAGGAGUUGGAUGUGUCUGACAACAGUUUGACCAACCUACCCUCGGUCAUCAUGCACUGUUUCAAAUCUCUCCAAAUCCUCAACGUGUGUCGGAACAAACUUAGCACCUUCCCCGACCCCUGGGCAUGCCCACUGAAACAAUGCAAAGCUUCUUCCAAUGUGAUCCAGAGUCUUCCAGACACCAUCUCCAUUUUCUGGAGGAAUCAUUUGCUUGAGGUGGACUUCUCUGAAAACUGCCUGAUGGAGCUGCCUUCAUACAUAUUUGAGCUGGAGGCCGUGAUCUCCUUGAGGCUGUGCGGGAAUUCCAUCACCACACUUCCUCCACACACAAACUGGAAAUGUUCGCAGCUUAGGACUCUGGAUCUUUCCAGGAACCAGUUGGGCAAGGUGGAGGAGGGACCCAAAUCCAGGAAGCUGUCUUUCCUGACUACCUGGAACAGGAGGGAUCCAAAUCCAGUGUGUCCGAUUGAGUUUCCCAUGAUCCUCCGGGACUCCCUGGAAGUGUUGUACUUGAGUGACAACAGGCUGGAGUUUGUUCCUCAGACAGUGUGUGGUCUGCACAGCCUCACAGAGCUCUACCUCUCACAUAACCCUGGAAUCCGGGAGCUUCCUGUUGAGCUGGGUCAGCUGUCCAACCUGUGGCAGCUGGAUGUUGAAGACCUGAAUAUUACAAAUGUUCCUCAGGAAAUCAGAAAAGAAGGUCCUACAUCUGUCAUUGCAUUCCUCCGAGCCCACCUUCGUAAGGCAGAGCCUUGUAAACUUUUAAAGAUGCUUCUGAUUGGUCCACCAAGGCAAGGGAAGACAGCCCUGCUGGAAGCUCUUCAAGGUGGCAGGACAUCAACCUUCAGCUCCGCUGACUGCAGCAUCUCCACCUUCACCUGGGAGCUAGACAAACCCAACGCCAGCAAAAACAGUAGGGACACGAUGAAGUUCAAUGUGUGGGACAUUGGCGGCCACGCAAGCAUGUCGACGGUGAACCAGUGUUUCUUCACUGAUAAAGCUCUGUAUGUGGUGACCUGGAACCUGGCGCUGGGAGAGGAGGCUGUGUCCAACCUGCAGACGUGGCUGCUCAACAUCGAGGCACGAGCACCCAACUCUGCGGUGGUGGUGGUUGGAACCCAUCUGGAUCUCAUCGACACCAAGUUCCGUACAGAGAGGUUGGCCACGCUUAAAGCCUACAUCCUGGCUCUGUGCCGAUCACCAUCUGGUGCUCGAGCCAGCGGUUACCCUGACAUCACCUGGAAACACCUCCAUGAAGUGUCAUGUCGGACACUGGAAGGUUUGGACGGGCUGAAGGAGUUCAUCUACAAGUUGGCCGUCUCCAUGAAAGACAACAGCCGCGGCUGUGGCAGCAAGUUACUGGGGAGACUGAUUCCCAGGAGCUACUUUGCUCUUCAGGAUGCAGUGAUAAAUGAGAAGCGGAGGAGGAGCGCUGAGGGUGAAGUCCAAUACCUGACCGACAGCCAGCUCAACCAGCUCCUGGAAGACAACCCAGAAAGUGACAUCAGGGACUACGAAGACCUGCAGACUGCCAUCACCUUCCUGAUUGAGACCGGGACCAUGCUACACUUCCCGGACACCAGCCACGGACUCUGUACGCUCUACUUCCUAUGUCCUGUGUGGCUGUCGGAGUGCCUGCAGAGGAUCAUUCACCUCAAGUCUUCUCGCUCUGUGGUGAUUAACGGAGUCAUCCGUGCUGAGGAUCUCAGGAUGUUGCUGGUCGGAACGGGCUUCACCCAGCAGAUCGAGGAACAGUAUUUCCAGUUUCUCGCCAAGUUUGAGAUUGCUCUGCCUGUGGCUAACAACAGCUAUCUGCUGCCUCACCUUCUGCCCCCAAAGCCAGCUGUGGACAUCCACAGCUUCCGCCAGCAGACCAACAACACUCUGCAGCGCCUUUUCAAGAUGAGCUAUGUUCCUGCAGGAUUUUGGGAGCGCUUUAUUGCCAGGAUGCUCAUCAGCCUCACAGAGAUGGACCUGCAGUCAUUUGAGCAGAAAAGGAAUGGCAGGAACCAACGAUGCAGGAACUCUGUGAUCUACAGUUUUGCUGGAAACCAACAGAGGAACCGCUGCAGUACCUUUAGGGUCAGACGGAGCCAAACCAUCUACUGGAAAGAGGGGCUGCUGGUCAUGUUUGAUGGGGGCUACCUCAGCGUGGAGUCAUCGGAUGUCAGUUGGAAAAGCAAAAAGAGCAGCGGCAUAAAGAUCAUCUGCCAGUCGGAAGUGAGAGAUUUCUCCGCAAUGGCUUUCAUUACAGACCACGUCAACUCUCUGAUCGAACAGUGGUUCCCUGUUUUGACAGCCAAUGAGAGUGAUGGCAGUUUCCUCAUAGAGCAGUAUGCCCCCUGUCCCCUGUGUGCCUCGCUGCAACACCAAGGACAGGCCAAGUUCCUGGCUGGCCAGGAUGUAGAAGAGGGUAGACCUGAUGGAGAAGAGGGUGGACACGACAGAGGACAAGUGCAUUACUUCAACAUGAUGGACUGUGUGCUGACUGCUGUGGAAAAUGAAGACAUCCUCUGCCCACAGCACCCUGACCAGCCCGUCCCACUGCAUGAACUAGUCCCUGAACUCUUCAUGACAGACUUCCCCUCAAGAUUGUUUUUGGAAACGUCCCAGUUGAAGUACUCAGAGGAGGACAGUGACGUCCUGGGCCAAGGUGGUAGCGGGACAGUCAUCUACCGAGCACAAUACCGCGGCCAGGUGGUGGCCAUCAAACGCUUCCACUUCAAGAAGUGUCAACAGCGAACCGCCAGCAGUGACACAGACACCAUGUUGAAACACUUGCAGUCAGCAGACAUCUGCCGCAGGUUCUCAGAGUUUCGCCAGGAGUCCAGCAUGUUGCACUUGCUGCAGCAUCCGUGCAUCGUGUCUCUGGUGGGCAUCAGCAUCCGGCCGCUGUGCUUCGCUCUGCAGUUAGCCCCCCUGGGCAGCCUCAACACUGUGCUGGAGGAGAAGCAGAAAGGCUCCAGGCACAUGCCUCUUGGCCACAUGCUAACCUUCAAAGGAGCCUAUCAGAUUGCAGCAGGGUUGGCGUACCUUCACAGGAAGAACAUCAUUUUUUGUGACCUCAAAUCUGACAACAUUUUGGUGUGGUCUCUGGAGCCACAGGAUGUCAUCAACAUUAAGCUCUCUGAUUACGGCAUUUCUCGGCAAUCCUUCCAUGAGGGAGCAUUAGGGGUCGAGGGCACUCCGGGGUACCAGGCUCCCGAGAUCCGACCUGGCAUUGUGUACGAUGAAAAGGUGGACAUGUUUUCCUAUGGUAUGGUGCUCUAUGAGCUGCUCUCUGGCUCCAGACCUGCACUGGGCCACCACCAGCUGCAGAUAGCCAAGAAACUGUCCAAAGGCAUCCGUCCAGUGCUGGGCAGCCCGGAGGAAGUUCAGUUCUACUGCCUGCACCACCUGAUGACCAAGUGUUGGGACACUAAGCCUGAGAAGCGACCCAUGGCCAUGCAGUGUGUACGGCUUAUGCAGGAGUCCAGCUUCCCCUGCCUGAAGUACAUGUUGUCCUGUGGAAGCCACACCCAGCUGUUCCUGUCUGAGCUGCAGGGGCACAGUGCUGUCUUCUGGGAUGGACACAAGGAUGACAGGAACUACAGCGUGGUGAAUGUGGACAAGGGUCAAAUGGAGGUGAAGAGGAUGUCCUGUGCAGGUAGCAGGAUCAGUUGUCAGAUGAAGAUGGGGAACACUCUCUGGAUGGCCACUGAGGAGCAGGAGGUGUUCAUCUACAGUUUGAAGGACAUGUGUCCCCUCAGUAUACCACAGAAACAGUUCUCCAGCCCAGCUGUCAUCACCUGCCUGUUUCCUGUUCCAGCACAUGAACAGAGCCUGGCCAGAGUGUUUGCAGGAAUGUCUGAUGGACUUGUGGCUGUUUACAACCUGGUAGAUGAUCUUCCUCUGGACAGAGAAUCUUACCUGUGCUUCCACACAAUCAAUAAGACUGUGUUUGGCAUGGAGGACACAGAUCACAGGCAGAGACCGUACCCAGUCAGGAGCAUGGCUCUGGUCAGCAGUGGCUCCCAGUUGUGGUUGUCCCACGGCCCCGGAGUGCUGGUGAUCGACUCUCUAAGUCUUCAGGCACUUCAGAGGUUGGAGGCCUACAGUCCCCCAUCCUCCAUCGUGGCCAUAACCAGCAGCUUCAGCCUGUGGGAAGAUGAGGCGGUUUGGACCCUGGAUGACCACAGUAACACCCUGCUGCUGUACCACGCAGCCACCUACCAGCUGUGCGCCAAGUACUGGUGUGGAGACAGCAGUCCUCUCAGGGAUGUCUUUGCUGUGCAACGUCUUGUAGGCUUCGACGCCGUGACAACAAAGACCGCUGACCAAGACGACACACGUGAAUGGACUAAUGGGGAAGUGAGGCUAAUUUACAGCGAGGAUGCAGGGACUCAGAUCAUCCACCACCAGGACUCCCUCACUGACUACUGCUCCAUAUCAUCCACCUCCUCCCUGGAACCACUGAGACUAGACAGUUCCAGCACUGAAGUGCUCACUUCAUCAGGCAGUGCCACACUGCUGUCUGCAGACCAGAAGGAAACGGCCAUGACACACUGCCAGUAUGGCCCGAGCAGCCCUCAGUCUGACUGGGACGAUGUCCAGACCAUGAAUCGCACGCUGCCCCACCUACAGGCCUUUACUGUGCUGUCAGUCAGAGGAACCCUGUGGAUCCCCAGACGUGGCGGUGAUGUGAUUGUCAUCAAAAUACGGUCAGAUGCUGAUGUCCUGAAUGGCCGUGUCAUCGCUGUCCUCAGUCCACCUGGGGGUUCUUCAUUGGGGAUCCUGCAGGAGGCGGCACUAGUGGCACAGGACACGGUUGUCUGUGGCUUCCAGAAGGAAAACAAGGAGUGGUGCCUGUGUGUCUGGCGGGGCUGGGGCUGCCACGAGCUGGAACUCUUUUACCAGUCCUACGAGGAACUGGGCCGCAUGGAGACCAGCAUGAGGAAAAGAAGGUAGCUGUUGUGCACACUCACAGCUCUGUACAUAGAGCGAGCCGUGGGGAAUCGAGCCCCACAGACCGCCAGUGUUCAGAGCGGGAGGCCAGCGAGUGCCGGUCUCGUGGCUAAAGAGGAGGAGGUGGAGAUGCAAACUGUGCAGCUGUUUUUGGACACGGACAGGGUUUAGAGGCGGUGCCACAUCAGCUCUUCCAGUCUUCCUGCUUGACGCAACGUUAGCUUUAACAUUCCUGAAGAACCUGACUGUUAUAACUGCUGAAGAUGUUCCUCAGUGUCCGUGUGACAAACAGUAGAACAAACAGUUCCUGUCACACCCGCAGGAUCUGAGCCUGGCAGACAGACUGGAAACAGAGCGCUCAAACCAACAUCUGGGCAACACGCCGCCACAACAGCACUGCUCUCCGCCGGCCAGCGAGCAUCUGCAGCUCAGAUGGUAAUUGUUAUGUGUGAGGACAUGAAGACCUCAUAUCUCCUGUCAGAUAGACCAACAUCUGCUCCUGUGCAGCAGCACAACAUGUCCACCAACAGCGGGGCUGAUUUUUACUGAGCACAGAACCAAGAACCUGUCUCAGCCAUCCACAGAGACAGGUGAAAUAAUGUCAAAAAGCAAUAAACAGAAAGACAAAGACACACGGACAAGACAC